GACUUCCUAAAGGGAUAUCUAUGGGUAAAUCUUGUUGAUUGGCUGAAAAUGAUGGUCGGAAACAGGCGCUCGGAGGAAGUAGUGGACCCUAACAUUGAAACCAGACCAUCGGCAAGAGGCCUAAAACGAGCCCUUUUAACUUCUUUGAGGUGUGUCGAUCCAGAUUCUGACAAAAGACCUAAGAUGAGCCAAGUAGUGCGUAUGCUUGAGUCAGAGGAAUAUCCUAUACCAAGAGAGGAUCGAAGGCACCGAAGAACUCAUGCAGGUAGCAUGGAGAUUGAAUCCCAGGAGUAUAUUGACACCGACAAGAGUGGCAACCCAGAUCCAAGAUCAGAGAGCAAAAGGAACAACAGAACAAAGGCAAAUAGUGAUUUUAUAGAUGACCUGGGGACAUAUGAAUUGAAAUCGUAA